AUGUAUUCCAAUUCAUUAUUCCCAUUAUCUCGCAAUGUUCUCAAGCACCAACCGUUGAUUCACUUUGAACUGAUGGUGCAACAUUCACGAUACUCGUCCUCACGCUGGUAUUCAACCAUUUUCUCAAGAGAUCUCAAGAAACGAUCAUCCACGACCACCCAUGGUAGUCAUUCUUCUUCGUCUUCUGUUACAACAACAAAGAAUGGACCUUUCCAUCAACACAACAACUCUGCAAAGACUUCUCAUCAUCCCAUGCAUUCGUCCACUCUUAUUGCGCAUCAUGGAUCCUUAACGUCGGUUGAGCAUUCCAUGGUCUCUGGAAUGACAUCCACAGCUUCCUAUGGCCACAUAUUUGCAAGGGAUUUAAGAAGAAAGGAAAAGAAAACUCACUAA